UUCGGCGAGUGUAAGAGAGAGAGUGAGAGAAGCAAAAAGGGGAGAUAGGAGGAGAAAUCUGUGACCAUUCCUUCAAGCCGUUUUACCCUGUGGUCUGCUCCAAGUGUCUGAACGUGUCACCGAGAAAUGUAGACCGAGUGUGUUCCUUGCAUCUCUUAUCUGUCGCGUCGUGCAUACACGAUUCGUGCAUCGGAGACUUUGUGGUGAUUACUGAUUCUACAUGCUGUAGAGAACCGCACCGUCCAUCCUCUCGUCUCUAGACUGUAGAAUGAAGCGAGAAGCAUUCGUUGUCGUCGCAUGAGAUUGUGUGACGAAGGUGGCUGCGGACAUUUAAACACAACAGGUUACCGGUGUUUUCUCGAGAAAAGGGCUGAAAAGUGCCACCAUGUCGGCGAAAGAAAGACCAAAAGGAAAGGUGACGAAAGACAGCGUUACCUUGCUGCCUUGCUUCUAUUUUGUUGAGCUGCCCAUCCUGGUGUCAUCGGUGGUGAGCCUGUACUUCCUGGAGCUGACAGAUAUGUUCAAGCCGGUCCGGUCGGGCUUCAGCUGCAACGACCGCAGCCUGAGUCUCCCCUACAUCGAGCCCACGCACGAGGCAGUGCCCUUCCUCAUGCUGCUCAGCCUGGCCUUCGCUGCACCCGCCAUCACGAUAAUGAUCGGAGAGGGGAUUCUGUUCUGCUGCCUCUCCAGGAGGCACAAUGGGGCCGGGGCCGAGGCCGACAUCAACGCCGCCGGCUGCAACUUCAACUCCUACAUACGCCGGGCUGUGAGGUUUGUGGGUGUCCAUGUUUUUGGCCUCUGUGCCACCGCCCUGAUCACUGACAUCAUCCAGCUGGCCACGGGCUACCAUGCCCCGUACUUUCUGACCGUCUGCAAGCCCAACUACACCAGCCUCAACACCUCCUGCGACGAGAACGCCUACAUCAUGGACGACAUCUGCUCCGGAGCCGACCCUGCCAUUAUCAACGCUGGCAGAAAAUCUUUCCCUUCCCAGCAUGCUACUUUGGCAUCCUUCGCCGCCGUCUACAUCUCGAUGUACUUUAACAGCACGCUGACCGACUCGUCCAAGCUGCUCAAGCCUCUGCUCGUAUUCUCCUUCAUCAUCUGCGCCAUCAUCUGCGGCCUGACCCGUAUCAUCCAGUACAAAAACCACGCCAUCGACGUCUACCUGGGCUUCAUCCUCGGAGGAGGCAUCGCAGUCUACCUGGGUCUGUAUGCUGUGGGAAACUUCCAGGCCAGUGAAGAGGAGUCCAGCUCCCAGCCCCCGCUCCGAGGGCCCCCCAGGACCCUGCCUGCCUAUGGGGGCCAUGAAGCUGGGCCCGGGGCCCGCCACUUGCCGGCCAAAGGCGUGGGCGGGAGCAGCAGCAGCGACGGCGGCCUGUCCACGUCACACUCGGAGGGCGCGCUCCACCGCAACCACCACGGGCCGCCGCUGCACGGGCCCGGCUCCUCCAUGGGCAGCCUGAAGCGCUCCAGCGCUGACGUGGAGGUCAUCUCGCCCAUCACGGCCGCCGCGCUGGCCAAGGACAGCGCGCUGGUCACCUUCAGCAACACGCUGCCCCGAGCCCACGUGACCGCCAGCGUCGGCGGAGGCGGCGACGAGCAGGUGUCCCGCCGCACGGCCACCUACCACGCCUCCAUGGACUCCAGCCGCUCCAAGCAGCUGCUGUCGCAGUGGAAGAGCAAGAACGAGAACCGCAAGCUGUCCCUGCAGGCCAUGGAGCCGGGCGGCGGCGGCGGUGGAGGGAGCGUGUGCGGACCGUCGCCCUCCCGCAGCAUGGACGGCCGCUGCAGCUCCGAGCCCUCAUCGGCGGGCCUCAACGGCGAGCUGCUCCACCUCCAGCAGCAGUACCUCCAGCAGCAGCAGCUGCAGCAGCAUCUGCAGCAUCAGCAACAGCAGCAGCAGCAGCAGCAGCAGCAACUGCAGCACUACCACCCGAGCCAGCUGCACCAGGGGCCCGCCGCGCAGUACCUCAAGCUGGCCACGGUGGGCAACAGCAACACGCUGCCCACCAACCCCAGCGGCAUCACCGGCGGCGCCCGCGUCUCCAUGCAGUCGCGGCCGGGCUCCUCGCAGCUGGUGCACAUCCCCGAGGAGACGCAGGAAAUGGGGGGUUGCGGCUCGCCGACAUCCAGCGCGGCCGCCCGUGCCAAGUGGCAGAAGGCGGCGGAGAUGGGUGUUGCCGUGUCGACCACGUCGUCGUCGGCCUCCAUGCCGUGCGUGGCAGCGGGCGGCGGCGGCCAGGGUGGACAGGGCAGCAUCAGGACUAACGGGCAGCCGCGCAUCAUGCAGGUGAUCGCCAUGUCCAAGCAGCAGGGCCUGCUCCACUCUAACUCGCAGAGCUCGGAGGGCAGCGGGAACUCGUUCCGCUACAAGACGCUGCAGGAGCAGCAGGAGAUGAUGUCCACGGGCCCGGCUUCGCUCCGCGGGCGUGCCCAGGACACGCGGGUCACGGUGCAGGCGCCCUGCCCGUCGGACGGCGGCGCCAGCGGUCCCGGCAGCGGCUCGUGGACGUGGAAGUCCCAGGGCAGCCUGCGGCAGUCCUUCGAGCUCAACGACCUCAACCGGGAUUCGGGCAGCUCCGAGUCGCUGCGGGACAGCUACGGCUCGGCCGACCGCGUCAAGAGGGUCAGCGGCAACGCGCCCAUCCCUGCCGCCGUCCCCACCGUGCCCAUCGUCUCCGCAGGCGCCACGGUGACCACCAUCAGCACCGGCUCCACCACUGACCACCACCACCCGCAACCCCCCUACCCCCACCCCCACCUCCAUCAGGGCAUCUCCACCAUCCGGGUCACCCCGCUGGAGGGUAGCGGGGACGGGGCCCUAAGCGGCUCGGAGAGCCUAUCAGUGGCCUCCAGCCGGGAGUCCACGCUCCGCCGGAAAGGCAACCUCAUCCUCAUCCCCGAGCGGAGCAACAGCCCCGACAACGCCCGGAACAUUUUCUACAAGGGGACGUCCUCCACGCCUGUUCCUAGGGAGUAGGACUUUGCUCCAAAAGGAUUUGCGUGGCCUUUCGUCAUUGUUGUUGUUUCGGUUCGGUUUCGUUGUUUUGAAAAAGCAGGAUAUGCUGCCGGGAUCGAUAGAGAAAAAAAACACAAGUAAAGGAUGAGGAAUCAGCUCUUGCAUUCAUGUGAAGCCUCAAGCUGAUGAUGGGGAGCAGCUCCACCCAGGUUAAGGUUUUCAUUUUAUUUGUUUACUGUAUUCACAUUUAGAUAUAGUGAGGCAAUUUUUAUUGUGCAUGGGGUGUAUUUUUUGGUCAUUUAGAAUAAAUAUAUAUAAAUACAGUAUAAUAAAUAUAGUCGCACAAAAAGCACAAACUUAAAUGUUGUGAAGUUUACUCUGACUAAACUUACUAAACUGAGAGAAUGACGAAGAAAAAUUUGCCAAAGGCUGCAGUGUCCCUAGUCUCUCCUAAGAUUGCUGGUGCAUAUGACCACUGUGAGAAGGAAGGCUUGUCUUUGUGCCAAGGUUAGAAAAGUCAAUGGUGGUGAAAGUAUUCAAAUGUUUA